CAGCAUUGUGUGGUCAGGACAGAGACAGGACAAUGAUUGGACCUACGGGUAGAGCCAUCAGAUCACUACUGCUACUACUGCUGUUGUGCUCCCCUUCUACCAGCUUCUCACAGCUCAACACUCUUACAGGAUGGUUCAAUGAUGAUCCACAGGCUAUGUCUUCUUGGAGCAGACACAACCUGUCAUCAGUUCCAAAGGGACUGGAUGUGAGGCUAAGAUAUCUGGAUCUAUCCAAAAACGUAAUCAGAUCUAUAAACAGCCAGGAUCUAGGUCUGCCAUCCUUAAAGACCCUAGAUCUCAGCUACAACAAGCUGGAGACCAUUUAUGUAGGGGCUUUCAGAGACAUGGCCCAGCUUCAAGAGCUAAACUUGGCUAGGAACAUGUUGAGCCACAACGUGAACAAAAACAGCCAAGCUCUUACGUCACUAAACAGACUGAGGAGGUUGGACAUUUCUGUGAAUGGGCUGGAUGAUAAUGCAGCAGAACUCUGCCUUCAUAACAAAUCUGUUCUAGAACAUCUAAACCUCACAGGUAACAUUUUAAUGCGACUUGCACCAAAGCAGUUCAUGGAGACCCGGAACUUGAGACACAUUCACAUCGAAAACAAUCUGAUCACAGUGAUAGAGGUUGGGACAUUUGAGCCUUUGAAAAAACUUGAAACGUUGAACUUGGCCAAAAAUAAUCUAAUCUACAUCUGCGAUUUUAAGCUCCAUCAGGUAAAACACUUAAACCUAAGCAGGAAUUCCAUUGAGUUCUUUGUCACUCAUGAAGAUGGACAACCAUACAGUCUGGAGACCUUAGAUCUGAGCUACAACAACAUGAUUUACUUCCCAAUUGUUCCUAAGACCAACCGACUGAGAUACCUCCAUCUACAAAACAACAAAGUGGGGGCUAUGGAAGUUGCCACAGCUGAUGAUGAGAAGUUGAACGAUGCUGUAGAAAACAACAAUGUAUAUUCCAACUGGAGACUGAUGCCAUUGAUUUACAUGGACCUCAGUAGUAACCAUUUCAGUUAUUUUCCUGCAGAGAUUCUAAGCCAACUCACUUCCCUAUCCACACUGAACUUCAGCAACAAUUGUCUAACGGACCUCAGCUAUAAUACAACGAAGUAUGGAGGUGGUCAUGUUGGAGAUUACCACCAACCUUCCUGGAUCUUUCCAUCCCUACGCUUUUUAAACCUGAAAAACAACGGUCUUCAACAACUGUCCCGGUCCUUCCUGAAAGCACUACCAAGCAUAGAGACAUUGAACCUGAGGGAGAACUCUGUGAGGCCUUGUGGGCCAUCAGAUGAACUGGGAACAUCUGAGAUAUGGAGAGAGGACGUGUCUUCCUCAUGUGUUUCCUUCUGGAACAUUAAGUCUUUGAGACAUCUAGAUCUCCAAGACAACGGUAUCAAAACAAUCUUCCAGAACACAUUCCAAAAAACCCCACUAGUUUCACUCAACCUUGCCAGUAACAUAGAUAUGAACUUUGCUAGAGAUGCUCUAGAAGGGUUGCAGAGUAGUUUACAGUCACUGAGUAUAAGUGGUAAUAACAUGAUGACCUCUGACCUGUCUCUGCCUUGUCUGGAAGCAUUACGACAACUAAACAUGUCAGGGAAUGAUAUAGACGUCCUCCCAACUGUCAUUGGCUGUUCGCCUUUGGCGGAACUUGAUGUAAGAAACAACUCUCUAACAUCUAUAAAUGUUUCCAUGUUAGAUCGCUUGUCCUUGCAUCUUGAUAUGAUAUAUGUCAGUGGCAACCCUUUCAAAUGCUGUGACUCUAAAUGGCUUACAGCCCUAAACAAAGCAAGUGUGGAUAUCCCAGACCUGGAUCGGGCCAUGUGCACCAUAAGCAGGUCCAAUGGCAUGCAAGAAACUGACUAUCUGCGUAACCAUUCACGGCACUGUUCACAGAAACAUAGCCCAAAGAUACCAGAACUGAACCUUUGGCAAAUAAUAAUAUUCAUUUUAUUUAUGUUGACAGUAUUGAUAACAGUGCAGAUAUCAAUAGUUUAUUUGAAGAAAGUUUAUUGCGACACAGGUUCUUUAAUUGUGUAACAUUAACGCUGGCAAAAUCAAUGUGUUUUUCAUAGGGCAUAUCCUACAUAGUAUCCUACACAGCUUCAAUAUAGGCUUAUUUUCCUGCAUUCUAAAGCAUGUUUUGAGGGUUAACAAUGCUGACAUUUUAAAGCUAACCAGAUCCACUAGCUUCUUACUAAAACUUAAUACACAAAAAUAAUACACAAUUUUGACAAAAAAAAAUGUAUCAUUAGUUUUUGUUGGAGGAGGCUACAGCUCUUAAGCCACUGACAACUUUUGCAAACAAUCCCAGACCAGCAACACCAAUAACAAACAGCACCUGGUCUGUAUGACACCCCAGCGGUGGCUGACAAUCUGUCUUCAGGGCUCUUGACCGUUCAUGAAUUUAAGUGCAGAUGCCCACUGGGUGAUUGCACAACAUACAACAACCGCAUACCUAGUAACUAAGAUUGACCAACAGUUUGCUGAGUUAGUGUUGAAUGAUUUAGUGUUGAAUGAGUUAGUGUUUUGAUUAAAAGUAAAAUGUUA